AUGAUCAAAGCCGCAACCGGAGCGGUCCUCCUGCACAUUCCCCCCCUCCACCUGCUCCCGCUGCUGCUGCUGCUUCAUGCCUGUCCGGCGUGUCUGUCCGCGCAGCCCGGGCAUCCAGUGCGCUACUUCGGACAGAUAGCCGAGAACUCCCCGGCCGGGACGCCGGUGGACGGGGUGGUGCUGUCGCUCGGAGCCGGCGGCUGCUCUGGCGCGGACCUGAAUGCCAGCCUCAUGGGGAAUUACGCGUCGGAUUUUAGGCUUGUUCACUACCACGGCCACCGGGACCACCGGGGGCAUCUGGGUUUGGUGUCCGCCAAACCUCUGGACCGGGAGUUUAUAGCGAUGUACGAGCUGACAGUGGAGUUGCCACCGCGGUGUGUGAGGAGACCGGCCGCAGUCCAGGUCGAAGUGUCGGACCGGAACGACAACAUCCCUCGGUUCACCAGCGGAAACCAGACGGUUGAAGUGGACGAGCUGACGCCGCUCGGUACGGAACUGGCCCGCUUUGACGCGAAGGACGGAGACGCAGCGAGGAACGGACGCGUCAGUUUUUACGCGUCACCGGAGUCUCAUCUGCUCCAUGUGGUUCCACAAACCGGGCAGGUCAGGCUGGUCGGGUCCCUGCUGGAGUUCAGCCAGGUGACUCUGCGCCUUUACGUGAAAGACGGCGGAGAUGUGGCGCUGAUAGGUGAACCGGUGUUCCUGCGCAUCAACGUCCGCCGCACCCGCAGAGCGCGGCGGCGGCCCCGCGCUCUGUCCGAGAAGCUGACCUACACCGUGACCGUCCCAGACCACGUCAGAGUCGGGGACCUGGUGUUCACGGUGCCGGACCAGAGGUUCGAGCAGCGGUGGUUCGAGGUGAUAUCCGAGGCCGACUCGCCGGUUCAGAUCGAGCGGGACUCGGGGCGUCUGUACCUGGCGCGUAUCCUGCGGGAGCCCGCUGAGGUGGUGGUGAGGAUCCAGAACCUGCGAGGUGAUGAGUCAUACCUGUGCAGAUUGACUCUGAGCAUGCCCAGCCAGGCUGACAUGCAGUGGGCGAUGUUCCCCUCGCCUUACCUGGGUGCUGUGGGUCCCGACGCCACGCCUGGCUCUGCAGUGUACCGACUGUCGGCACGGCAACGGGAUGGAACAGUUGGACAAACCCAGUAUUUCCUAGUGGACGGUGGGGAGGAGUGCUUCGAGGUGGAUCGACGCUCUGGUGAGAUCAGGACCACGGGACGACCUCUGACCCCCAGUAAGGAGUAUCUGCUGCGGGUGCAGGCGAUGGACGGGCGCGGUCGUAAAGGCCCUCCGGCCACGGUGGCCGUCCUGGCGGGCUACCGGCCGCCGCAGUUCACCAACUCCACCUACAGCCUGAACGUACCCGAGAACAAAGCCGUCGGCCAGCCCGUCGCCGUGGUUCAGGCCGUCUCCUUCCAGAAGAAGAGUCUGUCCUACAUGCUGCUGCUGAAUCCUGGGAAUCUGUUCAGCAUCAACCAGGAGAGCGGAGCGCUCAGCCUCACCAGGGCCGUCGACUACGAGAGCGGACACAACCUCCACACCCUGCAGGUCCGCGCCACCGAACCCGACACCGGCCUCAGUGGCGUGGCGGAGGUUGUCGUUCAUAUAACUGACGAAAACGACUGCACACCAGAGUUCCUCCACUCUAUCUACACCAGAGACAACGUACCUGAAAGCAUCGCACCUGGAACCUCCCUGCUGCAAGUUCUGGCCCGGGACUGUGACUCCGGCGUAAACUCGGAGCUCUCUUACUUCGUUCACGGUGGUGACUUUGACAUCACAUCGGGGGGCGUGGUCAGCCCCGCCCGUCGCCUGGACUAUGAGCGACCCAAUCACGUCUAUGAGUUUGUGGUGGUCGCCGUGGAUACAGGAACGCCCCCCCGAACGGGCACCGCCUCCGUCCGCAUCCGAGUCGCCAACAGCAACGACGAGGCGCCCGUCUUCUCCCAGAGCGUUUAUAAGACCUUCCUGAGCGAGGACGCCGGUCCAGACACGCUGGUCGCCAUCGUUCACGCCAACGACCCGGACGGAGACGCCGUCUCUUACGCCAUCACUGGCGGCAACGAGGACAGCAACUUCCUGCUGGACAACCAGAAGGGCAUCAUCAAGCUGCGGAGGAGUCCGCCCCCCAGGCUCCGGGGGCCGCAGUACGUUCUCAACAUCACCGCCACGGACGACAACGCAUCGGGUGGGCCGUACCCUCUGAGCAGCUCUGCCCAGGUCAUCGUGGGAAUCAACGACAUCAACAACAACAAACCGGUCUUCCAGGAGUGUCAGAACUACAGUCUGAACGCCGUGGUCCUGGAGAACCAGCCGCCAGGGACGUUUGUCCUGCGCGUCCACGCCAACGACGCCGACAUGGGGGUCAACGGAGAGGUCAAGUACGGCAUCAUGCACAGAGACGGAGUGUCGUCGGGGUUUGACAUCGAUCCCGACACCGGCGUGAUCACCACGACGGCGAGCUUCGACCGGGAGCGUCAGAGGGAGUUCACGCUGUCGGUGACGGCCACGGAUCAGGCCGAGGAGCCGCUGAUCGGGAUCUGUCAGAUCACCGUCCUCAUCGCGGACCAGAACGACAACGACCCCAAGUUUGAAAACAGCCGCUACCAGUACUUCCUGCGGGAGGACACUCCGGUAGGGACUAGUUUCCUGCGAGCAGCAGCACACGAUGACGACCAGGGGAGCAACGCGGCCAUCGCCUACUCCCUGUCCAAUCAGAAGCCAGCUUACCUGCACAUCAACCCCAGUACUGGCUGGAUUUACGUCAACUACCCCAUCUCACAGACGUCCAGGAUCAACCAGCAGAUCGUGGCGUCGGAUGGAGGGAACCGCAGCAGCUCCGUGGAGCUGACCGUCAUCAUUACAAACGUCCACAACCAGCCGCCACACUGGGAGCAGCCCGAGUACUGGGUCACCGUGCCGGAAAACACCGUACGAGACGCCAAGAUAGUGACCAUCAAGGCGACGUCUCCGCUCGGCGACCCGCGGGUGACCUACAACCUGGAGGAGGGUCAGGUGCCGGAGACCAACAUGCCGGUGCGGUUCUACGUCAAGCCGAACCGGGCGGACGGCUCGGCGUCCAUCCUGGUGGCCGAGAACCUCGACUACGAGACGACGCGCUUCUUCACGCUCAGAGUGCGAGUCCAGAACGUCGCCGCCGUGCCGCUGGCGUCCUUCACCACCGUCUACGUCAACGUGACAGACGUGAACGACAACGUCCCUUUCUUCCUGUCGUCCACCUACGAGGCCACGGUGCCUGAAGGGGCAGAGAUCGGCACGUCGGUGGCUCAGGUGUCGGCCACAGAUCUGGACUCUGGUCUGCACGGGAUGAUCCACUAUGUGAUCCUGAAGGACGAGAGCGGGGACUCUCAGUUCUUCAGCAUCGACUCGCGCAGCGGCGUCAUCGUCACUCGAGCCUCCUUCGACCGCGAGCAGAAAGCCUCCUACCUGAUCGAGGUGCAGUCGCAGGACGGCUCCGAGUCCGCCAGACCAGGCCAGCAGGGACAACCCAACACCGACACGGCCUACGUCAGGAUCUUCAUCACCGAUGUCAACGACAACGCCCCAGCGUUCGCCCGGCCGGUGUACGAGGUGAGCGUGGAGGAAGACAAGGAGGUCGGCUUCGUCCUCAUCACCGUCACCGCCAACGAUGAAGACGAAGGUGCCAACGCCAAGCUGCGCUACCAGAUCACCUCAGGAAACACCAUGGGCACCUUCGACGUGGAGCCAGAGGUGGGCACCAUCUUCGUGGCUCAGCCGCUGGACUACGAGAUGGAGCAACGCUACGAGCUGCGGCUGGUCGCAUCCGACGGGAAGUGGGAGAACGAGACGCUGGUGGUGGUUCAGGUGGUCAAUCGCAACGACGAGGCGCCCGUCUUCAGCCAGACGGAGUACCACGCCGCCGUGACCGAGGAGCUCACCCAGCUGCCUGUUUUCAUCCUGGAGGUUUCAGCCACAGAUCCAGACCAGGAGGCUGACCAGACCGCCCUCCGCUACUCCCUCCAUGGCCAGGGCGCCGGUGGCGAGUUCACCAUUGACGAACGAACUGGAAGAAUCUACGCCCAAAGGCGCCUGGACCGGGAGGAGCGCCCGGCCUGGAGAUUCCUCGUCCUCGCCACAGACGAGGGAGGGACGGGACUCACAGGGUUUGCAGAUGUGCUUUUAGAGGUCCGGGAUGUCAACGACAACGCACCCUUCUUCCCGUGCCCGGCGCUGGAAGUAGACGGAUGUUUUGUUGGCCAAGUGCCUGAAAAUUCACCUGCUGAUACCUCCGUCAUGGAGAUGCGUGCCAUGGACCUGGACGACCCCAACGAGGGAAAGAAUGCCAUGCUGACCUACAGCAUCAUCAAGAACGUCCGCAAUGAAAUCAACCUCAACCUGUUCUCCAUCAACGCCAGCACAGGGACCAUCUACACGGUUCUUCGGUCCCUGGACCGUGAGGCUGAGGACCAGUAUCUGGUGGUGGUGGAGGCUAGGGACGGUGGGGGUUUGGCAGGAACAGGAACAGCUACCAUCAUGGUUUCAGACGUCAACGAUCACCCACCCGUCUUCACUCAGCGGCUCUACACUACCCAGGUGACAGAGGACCUGGAGGUGAACAGCGAGGUUCUCGUAGUUUCUGCCACAGACGGAGAUGAGGGUGAGAAUGCUGUGGUAACCUUCAGCAUCGUCGGUGGUGACGAGGACAGGAAGUUCUUUGUGGAGACGGACAAAGUGAACCGACGGGGCGUGAUAAAACUUAAGAAGAAGGUGGACUUCGAGAAGCCUCAUGAGAGGACUUUCAAUCUGACCCUAAAGGCUGAAGACGCAGAUUUCUUCAGCCUGGCUUACUGUCUCGUUCAGGUGGAAGACUCCAAUGACCACGCCCCUGUAUUUUUUCCACAAUUCUAUGAGUCGCCAUCCAUGUCUGAAGACGUACCUGUGGGGACAAUUGUUGCUCAGGUGACAGCCUCUGAUCUAGACUCGGGACAAAAUGGACGCUUUUCUUAUAGUAUUUCGAAGGAGUCAGACCCCUACAGUCAGUUUCUGGUGGACCAGUCCGGUUGGGUGGUAGUGGCUGAUUCUCUGGACAGGGAGAAAAUCUCGCAGCACAGGAUCAUGGUCCUCGCCACGGACGCUGGGAGUCCACCCCUGACCGGUACUGCCAUCGUCAUGGUAACCAUACUUGACAUUAACGACAAUGGGCCAGAGUUCGAGGUGCCCUAUAAGCCUGUAGUCUGGGAGAACACGCCAGCACCGCAGGCGGUACAAAUGAACGAAACCUCCCUGCUCCUCCACGCCACCGACCGGGACACCUCCACCCACGGCGGACCCUUCUCUAUUCGGCUUCUCAUGCUCACCUCCGACGCCACCAACUUCAAUUUGACUGACUUUCGAAACGGCAGCGCGGCCAUCACCGCCCUCCGGACCUUCGACCGCGAGCGGCAGAAGGAGUACCACCUCCCAAUUCUCAUGAUUGACAGCGGCUCCCCUCCAAUGAGCUCCACCAGCACGCUGACAGUCGUCAUCGGUGACAGGAACGACCACCCUCACUUACCGGGACACACCGACUUCAUCAUCUACAGUUAUGAAGGUAUUCUCCCGAUGACGGUGCUCGGACAAGUUCAAUCCCCCGACCUUGAUGACUGGAGCGAGAAGGUGUACCGGUUCGAAGGCAAGCCAUCCAGGCUGUUCAGUCUGAACCAGAGCUCGGGACAGCUCAGCAUCAGGGAGGGGGCUCCUCCAGGCUCGUACCGCCUGCAGGUGCGCGUGUCGGACCACACCUGGCCCGACGUCACCUCCACAGCUCAGGUGGACGUCAGGGAACUGCAGCAGGAUGCUCUGCAGAACGCCGCCUCCAUUCGCCUGACCAAUCUGACAGUGGAGGAGUUCUUCAGCAGGAGUGGAGGUGAGGAGAGUCGGUUCUCCCGUCUGGGUCACGCGUUGGCUGAACUACUGCAGACUCUGCCGGAAAAUGUCCAAAUCUUCUCGGUGGGCGACGCCGGCCGGCGGGGAGAGAAGGCCCUCGGAGUCUGGUUUGCCGCUCACGGCUCGCCGUACUACAAGGCAGAGAAGCUGCACGGCUACGUGGCAGCAAACAAAGCAAAGCUGGAGGCCUUGUUGGGCGUGUCCAUCUCUCAGGUGGGCGUUGAUGACUGUCCCUACGCAGACUGCAGUCAGUCCGGAGGCUGCAGCAACGACGUGUCAUUCAGCCACGCCCCGGUGCCCCUCAGCACCGGUAACACCUCUCUGGUGUCGCUGUCAGCCUCGUCAACAGCGCGGUGUGGCUGCAGGGCCCGCGAGGCGAUCCACCUGCCCUGCUCCGCCUACCCCACCAACCCCUGCCUGAACGGGGGCACCUGUCAGGACGGGCCGCUGGGAUACAGAUGUAAGUGUCCUCCCAUGUUCGACGGGCCUGAGUGCCAGCAGACCAAACACAGCUUCGGCGGCCAGGGCUACGCCUGGUUCCCUCCCAUCAUGCCUUGCUUCCAGAGCCACAUCUCCCUGGAGUUCCUGGCUGAGUCGGCCAAUGGGCUGCUCCUCUACGACGGGCCGCUCGGACCGGCUCGCGCCGGGGAGCAGGAGGACUUCAUCGCCCUCGAGCUGAGGAACGGGGUUCCAGCUCUGAGUAUAAACCACGGAUCAGGAACGCUGACCCUGCAGCUCCCGCCGAAAUCCACCGUCACCGACCGCCGCUGGCAUCGCCUCGACAUCGUCAGCGACGGAAAGGCAGUGCAGCUGAUCCUGGACCAGUGUGGGGGGGUGGCGGUGAAUGAGUUGGAGGGUGUCGGAGGCGACACUCAGGAGACGGACGAGUCCGGCUGCAGAGCUGCGGGAGAGACGCCUGGAAACCAGAGGUAUCUGAAUGUCUUCCAGCCUCUUCAGUUGGGAGGAAUGAAGGAAACAUCUCCUCAUAGACGUUACCGUAGUUUCACCGGCUGCAUCCGCAACCUGGUGGUGGACAGUCAGGUGUACGACCUGGCGUCUCCAGGUGAGAGCGUGGACAGCACACCUGGCUGCAGGCUGACAGACGGGGUGUGUGUGACGGCGGCGGGUCCCUCCUGCGGCGUUCAGGCCUCCUGCCUCGCCGACUGGGGCUCGUUCAGCUGCGAGUGUCACCCCGGAUACACCGGACACAAGUGUGACAGAGCCGUCCCAGAGUUCUCCUUCGACUCGGGCAGCGUCGUACGUUAUCAGCUCCGAGGAGGCGGCAGCUCCCGCCGCACCAACAUCCAGCUGCUCCUCAGAACCAGAGCCACCGCCGGCACCCUGCUCUCCCUGACGUCCCGGGAGGCCAACGAGUACGUCGUCCUGGAGAUCAUGGAGGGCCACCUCUCCGUUCGUGCCAACCUCGGCGACGGGGCUCACGCCCUGCGGCUUCCCGGCCAGCGGGUGGACAUCGGGCAGUGGGUCCUCGUGGGCCUCACUCGCCAUGACAACCUGUUCGUCUUGCGGCUGGAGCAGGGCGGCGGCUCGAGGGAGGUUCAGGCCCGGCUGGGGAGCCGCAGGGAGAUAGUGGUUCACCCGGCCAGCGUGAUGGUCGGCAACGGUCCGAGCACCGGAGACAAGGCCGACUUCCAGGGUUGUGUGCGGGACGUUCGUUUGAACAGUCAGGUCCUGCCUCUGGACGGGCAGAGCCGGGACCUGGUGACGGUCCUGGAGAGGCGGGGCGUCACCCCCGGGUGCUCCAGCGACGCCUGCAGCGGUCAGCCCUGCCGCAGCCCGCUGCGCUGCGUGGACCUGUGGAGGAAGCACCAGUGCAGGUGUCCCGGCGGUCAGGUGACGGUGACAGAUGACUCGGGUCAGCAGCGUUGCGUGCCGUCGCCCUGCGGGUCCGCUUCCUGCCGGAACGGCGGCAUCUGCCAGGCGCUGUCACCCGACAGCUACCGGUGCCGGUGUCAGGAGGGGUUCAGGGGUCAGCGCUGCGAGCUGGGACAGGUCAAAGGUCACCGGCUGGCCGCCCUCAGCCCCAGCUCCAUCCUGGCCAUCAGCAUGUGUCUGCUCGUCUUCUUCGCGGUGCUGGUGGCGGUGACGGUGUGGAACCAGAAAGGCAGCCGUAACAAGUUCAGGAAGCGAGGAGUUUACCACAUCCCAGCUGAACACGAGAGCUGGGAGGACAUCCGAGAAAACAUCCUCAACUACAACGAGGAGGGGGGAGGGGAGCAGGACCAGAACGGAUACGACAUCACGGAGCUGAAGCGCCCGCUGUGCUCCAGCCUGUCUCAGUCCUCGUCCUGCACCACCGCCCCGCUCAUCAAAUCCUCGCCCGGCUCCCAGGAGGAAGUUCACCCCCCGUCCGGCUCCUCCUGCAGCUCGGGCGCUCCUUACCUCAGCAUCCCGCAUCACCAUCACCACCACCAGCCCGCCGCCACCAACAGCUACGGCAGCGACGCGGCCUACGCCAACUACGCCGCUCACGCGGGCAGGGACGUGGAGACGAGCGACGGAGGGGGCUACGUGGACGCCCGGUCGGGGUCGCGCUCUCACGUGGACUUUAAAAGCUACGUGUCGCGGAUCAUCUGGGAGGCGGACAACGACUGCGAGGCGUUCCCGCCGGACGCGUACCACGUCUGGUGCGUGGAAGGCUCGGGGUCGUCGGCGGGAAGCCUCAGCUCGCUGGGGUCCGCCGCGUCGCGGAGGAACACCGCAACAGCCCCCGGCGAGGAAGAGGAGGAGGAAGACGACGAAGGAGGCAUGGUUUACGACAGGCUGUCGCGGUGGGGCCCCAAGUUCCGGGCCCUGAGCGAGAUGUACGACCGGCCCCAGCUGGCCCUCACAUACAGGGACGCAGUGGCCUACAUACAGAGGAGCCACACCCACGACAUGCUGCCUCAUCACCACUAGAGGGCAGCGCACGACACCACCCACCUGAACACGUCAGCACAGAAGGAGGGGCAGGGGCCGGUGCUGCGUUCACGUCCGUCUGAAACCAGAAACACUAAAAACAAGAGACGGUCAGAAUGAAAAUCACCACAGGAAGGUUUAAUUUUAAAUCAUUUCAAAUGUCUGAGAGUCUUUAACUGACACUCAGUUAAAUAAACUCUUAAUAAAACAUUAAAUAAAACUUAAUGUUCAAAAUCUCAUCUAGUUUUAUUACGAUCUGAUCAUUAAUUUGAAGAUCGGCUUUUAUAAAAUGAAAGUUGAUAAACUUCACUCACCUGGUGGGCCUGGAGCAAAAGAGACAGUAGUUUAAAUUAAUUUAAGAAUAAGUUCAAUCAUCACUUUUUCACAGAGUGACACAGAAUAAAUGUCCUCAAGCAGUAAUCAUCAUCUGAUUACAGAUGUUUUAGCCAAUUAAACCUCAGAUUCGAGGAAGAAGAGACACAGUACAUCCACUGUAAAAAAAAAAAACACCUGCGCAGGUGAACGUAGGGCCUGACAUCUGAUUGGCUGCACCGGACUCCGCCUCAGAAUUCUCAGUCGUGAUUGGCUGCUGUCCCCGCUAAAGGAAAAGCCACCUUUCAGACUGCGAUCCUGAGCUCAUUCAGCGGCGAGGAGCGAACAGUACGGGAACGGGCGUGUGGGUGAAGUCGUGUUUAAAUUCAGUGAAUUUAUAAAUAAAACCACCGAAGAAGAGUAACGCGGGCGUGACGUGAGCGCGGCGGCUCGGCUCCUCCCCUGAAGGCCGAAGGGUCGCUGUGGUUCUGGUGCUCCUUCAUGUAGAAAACCAGAUGAGGGUCCAGGUCUGAGUCCUGGUUCAGUGGCACUAAAGCACAGAGGGAAGCUGUGAGGGUUCAUGAAGCAGCAACACGUCAGACAUCUUUAUUUAUUUUGCUUCUGUUUCAGCUGUAUUUAUUUCAUGUUGUGGCUCGAUGACUCUCAGUCUGAAAUGUGGACUUUCAGGGUCCAAGGUGACGGUUUUUUGUUUUCGGGGGUCUUAAAUGUUCAUUUGUUAACACGAACAACAUGAAGGCCUUGAUGUGAGUCUCACAGAGUUCUUCUUUAAGGGCAUUUUAACGCAGCGUUUUCACUUUAACCUGAAACGUACGAACAAAACUUUUCUUUUCCCGCUUCGCCGUCGCUGCGUCUCCACAGGCUAGACCCCCACCAGACCCCCACCAGACCUCCACCAGACCCCCACCAGACCCCCAGCCAACUCAGUAACCAGCUCUCAGCUGCUUCCUGUUGCACUAGAGGAUGAGAGAACGCUGAAGUAAAUAGUUUGUUUUCAGAUGAGAUUAUUUUUAUACUCCCGUGUAGAAACUCCAGGAAGCUGCAGCUCGUCAGUUAACCCGCCGGAUGCCGUCACUCUCGCCGUUCUGCGGUUUUGUUUUGAGCUCAAAGUGCAGAUUCUCAAAGGCUGAGGUUUUUAGUUUAGGUCGUGAUGACGAGCUGGUCGUCCGUCUUUAAUCACGGAACCGGCCUUCGCCCAUUGGCUGCACUCACAAAGGUCAAAGUUCAGCCGGUUCGAGCACGUUAACUCUGCACUGCAUCAGCUCAGGACGUCAAAAUACACAACAGCUGUUCAGGUCACGUGACCCCAGAGGCGCCCGAAUCUGCUCUACAGGAGCAGACUGGUCACCUGACAGGAAGUCGACACGUCAGUUUCAUCCCACUCCUCAUGAAUUAACCUUUUAGAGGAAGUUUCACUGAACGUCUCCCCGAUGGUGAGACGAGGACCAAAAAGGCGCGUAGCCCCUCCCUCCUUCGACCCCUUCACAGCCAAACAAAUGUGACUGUUGUUUUUUAGACUAAAGGAGAUGCGAGGCGGCGGUUUGUCGGGCGGCGGCCUCGUGUCUGAUGGUCGUCGGCGUCAUCUCUCCGCCUGAUGAAUGUAGUUUUAUAGGAGGAGGAAACGUUCAGGCAGAGGAGGUCUGAGCAGGCAGAGAUACAAUCAGAGUUUAUUAGGAACUCACAGAAGUGCGAGACUCAAUCUGAUAUUUUAAAGGUUCUGGUGUGAACUUCGGGUCGUGGUUCUCCCCAGAACACAUUCACAGAACGGGGAUUAAAACCCUUCGUGUCCUGGAGGCAGAACAUUUGCUUUGAGGCUCUGAGAUCGUUGCCUGGAGACAGAUUCAUUCCAGCUUCGUCAGUUUUCUUCGAGUCCUCGAAGCUUUGCGUCCAGGUGAGGAAACAAAGCGACGCAGGUGUGUUUGUGAAGGGAUGUGAAGCGUCACAUGUUCUCAUGUCUGCAGUUUUGACUUGUGCUGUGUGUAAAUCCAGUGUUUUUAAAGCAGUUUAAUACGUUUGUGUGUGUGUGAGUGUGUGUCCACGUCACACACACAGUGUAAGUGUCAUGUAGCGCUGAGCAGUGUUGAUACGAUGUACAUAUGGACGUUUUAUAGCAACCUGACAUGAAUAUUCCUUUUGUAUAUGACUUUUAA